AUGCCGGACUCAACCUCUGAACAUCGCAUGCAAGGCGGUUUGCCAGGGCGUUGUCAGUCUGCGGAGGGCCUUUUAAGAGCCAUGGACCGUUACUGGCAAGUAGCUCUUCGACCGUGGAGUCAACUACCCCUGCAAACCAGGCCGGUAUUUCUGAUGUCAGGAAUAGCCUCGCCUGCCGUCAUUGGUUUCCUGCGAGAUGAAGUACAGCCGAUUUACUCAGCUGUCGGAGAGGUAUUCGUCCAGUUUGGAUCCGCUCAGUAA